AAGGGAAACAUGUUAUAAGAGCAAAGGUUAGAAUCAUGAAAUUGGGCAUUAUAAAAGAACGUUCCACACGCUUCUGCGCCAGUCCUUCCAGUAGCCUUAUCUUGGAGUGCUGAGGAAGACCGGGACAGCAACCAUGAAGCUUUUGGUAGCGAUGUGCCUGAUGGCAGCGGGCGUCAGCGCCUCAUAUGGGCCAGCCGGAAUUGUUCAUCCUGAUGGGAGGCUGGAGCAGCUCACCCGCGAACAGGCUGAAAACAUCGCCGUCGUCGGGGACUCUGGAGUGACUUUCCACGACGGGUCACACAUUCAGUUCAACCGCGAUGCCGCCUUGCACCAUGCUGGUAUCGUGCCACCCAUGCCCGUGCCUGUCAUGUUGGCAAAACCAGGUCUUUACGGCGCUACUGGCAUCGUUAUGCCAGAUGGCGGGAAUGUGCAGUUCACAUAUGAUCAAGCUGCAAACAUUGCCGUAAUCGGGCCCUCUGGAGUCGUCAAGUUUGACGGAAAGAACGUGCAGCUGAACGAUGAGGGUCUCCCAUCCCGCAAGAAACGUGAAGUGCUCCUUGAAGGUCCCUCUGGUGUGCUCUUCAAAGAUGGGCAAUUCAAGCCUCUUCCUCGUGGUGUGUCCAUCGUUCUCUUGACUAAGUCUGGUGCCGUCUUUUCCAAUGGUGAUAACGUCCAGUUCAGCAAGUAACACUUCAAUAAAAAAUCGACACAAU